AUGUGGUCCCAUCAUCUCCAGAACAGCUGGGAGAGCUACUACAUGGAGAUUCUGAUGGUCACUGGGCUCCUUGCUUACAUCAUGAAUUACAUCAUCGGCAAAAACAAAAACAACCGGCUGGCUGCAGCGUGGUUCAGUUCCCAUAAGCAACUGCUUGAGAGUAACUUUGCACUUGUCGGAGAUGACGGGAUGAAUAAAGAGCCCAUCAGUACUGAGCUAAACCAGGAAAACGAACACAUUUAUAACCUGUGGUGCUCAGGGCGUCUGUGCUGAGGGAUGUUGAUUCAGCUGAAGUUUUUGAAACGUCAAGAUCUGUUGAAUGUCCUCGCACGCAUGAUGAGGCCAGCCAGUGACCAGGUGCAAAUCAAAGUCACAAUGAAUGAAGAAGACAUGGAUACCUAUGUAUUUGCCAUUGGUUCACGGAAAGCCAUGGGGAGGAUGCAGAAGGAGAUGCAGGAUUUGAGUGAAUUCUGCAGCGAUAAGCCAAAGUCAGGGUCUAAAUUCGGAAUUCCGGAUUCACUUGCUAUCCUGUCCGAAAUGGGAGAAGUCACAGAGGGAAUCCUGGAUAACAGAAUGGUGCAUUUCCUCUCGUCUCAUGAUGAUAAAAUUGAGUCCAUUCACUUUUCGGAUCAGUUCUCUGGGCCUAAAAUAAUGCAAGAAGAGGGCCAGCCCCUCAAGCUGCCUGAUACUAAAAAGACACUACUGUUUACAUUUAACGUUCCUGGUCUGGGCAACACUUCUCCAAAGGACAUGGAAUCCUUGCUGCCACUGAUGAACAUGGUUGUUUACAGCAUUGACAAGGCAAAGAAGUACCGGUUGAACCGUGAGGGUAAGAUGAAGGCUGAUAAGAAUCGCGCUCGUGUGGAGGAAAAUUUCCUGAAGAUGACUCAUGCCCAACGGCAGGAAGCCGCACAAACACGGAGAGAGGAGAAAAAGCGUGCAGAGAAAGAAAGGAUCAUGAAUGAGGAGGAUCCAGAUAAACAACGCAGGCUCGAGGAAGCUGUUCUACGCCGUGAACAAAAGAAGCUGGAGAAGCGACAGAUGAAGAUGAAACAGAUCAAAGUGAAAGCGAUGUAGAGUACCAAAUAAGGGAUGAUGUUACCCUUGCAUCAAUCACCUCAUUGUUCAAUUGUUCAAUUUUAAUGAGAAACUCAGGGCACUAAGUAAUUGAUUAGCAAUUUAUGCAAAAAAUUGUUACACUUCACAAGCUCUAAUAACAGUCUUUGGUAUUUUGGAUUUUGAUCCCUCGCCCAAUGCAACUUUUAGUCAUUAGCCUCCUAGCCUCUGUGAGGUAAGUCUUAAUUCUGCAUGGAAUGCAAGACCUAUUUUGUGGUGAUCCACAUUAGGCCAGAUUGAAACUAAAAUAUAGUUCCAUUGUCUUAAGAUCAUCCCCAUACUGUAAGUUUACUUAAACUGGCUGGAAAUUGAAACUUUUUCAAAUGAAAUUAUGUUUGUACAGAGAUUUGGGCAGAUGCCAAACAGCUGAGUGUUGGAAUAGAGCAAUGACCUAAUGCCACUGUAUAGAGUGGGUGCCAUAAGGGAAACCCCCGUUUGUUUCAUUCUCUACCUUUUAGAUGAAUAUGAAUGAAUGGAAAUGUGUAUUGGAGCCGUGCACUUUCACUUAUUUUUACUUUAUAUAAUGAUUAAAUUGCUAAUCCAAUACUC